GCUGGGGAGAGUCGCUGCCUGCUGUCUCCAUCGACGAGCAGAACAGCCAAGGAAAGAAGUCACGUCACACCUCUGUGGUUGAUCUGCAACUCAGGAUGCGAAGCUCCCCAGUCUGCCUUGCUUCCACAACUGCUGUCGCCGUCAUCUCGAAUCAUUCCUCGCAACAAGGUAGCGAGCGGUACUACGAUUCUUUCUGCUCCCGCCCCUCGAGCUCAGGACUUCAAACCACCAACCUUGCUGGAAACACUGAUGGCUCAACAAAAAAAUGCACCGGAAGACUGGCCACCGAACCUGCGUAUCGAGCCAGUUAUCAGCAGAGAAACAUGGGACCCAGUGAAAAUGGGGAUACGGUCAAAGCUAAAACGGAUGUUGAGGGAGGCAUAAUGCAUAAUUUCCAAAAUUUUGCCCAGAAGAGCACUCCCUUCCUCACUCAAAAACAGCAAGAAUUCUAUGCACAAAAUGGAUUCAUAGUGCUGGACAGUCUCUCCCCAAAGUUCGCAGAUGAUAUGUCUGCGUGGACCGAUGAAAUCAAGACUGCACCGCGCAAACCGACCACAUAUCUACACUACGAGGAACUCGACCAACAAGGUAACCGCACACUGAGCAGUACCGAGGACUAUGCGAGACAUCACAUGGGCUUCAAUACGCUGUUUCGUGGAGAAUCUAUGCGGGAGUUUCUUCAUCGUCUUCUCGGAGAGGAAAUGCUGCUGUUCAAGGAAAAAAUCAAUUACAAGGCUCCGAGGUCGGGUGGAUUCAAACCCCAUACCGACGCUCCUGCCUAUAUCACAAUUCCCAAUAUUGGACACGUGGCAGCUGUGAUGAUUGCCGUGGAUGCACAAACCGCCGAAAAUGGUUGCCUCGAGGUCGUCGCAGGCACCCACAAACUUCAUAGCAACAUUCCCGUCGGGCAAGAUCAUUGUCUUGAUGCUGAUUGGAUUGCCACCCAGACUUGGAUUCCACUCUAUCUAGAGCGUGGCCAGAUUGUGGUAUUUGAUUCGCACCUUGCCCAUCGUUCAGGAGAAAACCAGACUGACAAAGGACGCGCCGCAAUUUUUGCAACGUAUAAUGCUCUCAAUGGUGCUGGUGACCAACAUCAGGCGUACUACGUCGAUAGACGCAAAUUGUGGCCUGCUACGGAAGACCGCUUACCAGGAGAAGACUAUGCGGAAGGCGCCGCGAUUUUUGGGUUUGGAUCCCCUAUGUUGUCUGUGGACACUGUGUACAAACAGAUGGGACUCUGA